UGCAACAGGAAACACAUGGGUUCAAACUGCUCUCAUUAGUCCUUUAUCUCACUUCAAGCAACAUCCAUCACAAUGGAGAUGGACUGAGAGGCCUCGCUUAAGGCAUGAUUGAAGUCCAAAGCCAGCAAGGAGUUCUCCUUGCCAUCGUUUCUGUGGCCUGCCUUGGUUGUGUUUAUGCUCUCUGUGUGUGCUGCAGAAAGAAAUCUUCUAUGCAACAAGAGGACAAUGACCUUUAUGACCAAGAUGAUUUCAGUCAAGAUUAUGCGGAAAGCAGAAAAACAUCAACAGUGCCAAGACCAACUCAAAGAGAGAUGUCUUCAACCUCAAGGCGAUCGCCGAUGAACAGGCCUUUGAAUAGACCUGUGAACACAGGUGACCACUGGAGUUAUCAAAACGUUCCAGAUGAAAAUGGCAUCUUGGAACCAACAUAUGUGGAUCCAAUUCCAGAUUCGCUUUACGCAAACGAGGAUGACCCAGAUCAAGAUCAAAAUCCAGAUACAGGAUAUUACGGGAAUGUUUUUCCAACAACAAAAGUGCAACAUGACUCAGAUAGUUGUGAUUAUGAAAACUGGGACCAAAAACAAGAGGAAGAUGAACCAGAUUACGUAAAUGAAAUCACACGGUGAACAGGAACCAUUUUUGAUUCAGAAACAAAAUCUCCAAGACAUUUUUUUUCUUUUCACAUUUCGAUGAAAAUAACUUAUUAAAUUAAAAGAAUACUGCUUGAACUUUUAAAGUAGUCAAAUAAGACUGAGCCUGGAUGUGUAGUCAGCUCUGUUGAUCAAUAAACAAUGAAUUAACUGUCAA